AUGAGUGGGCUCAGGCUGUGGCCUGAGGUGUGCGUAGCAGCUGGCAUUGCCGUGAGCCCCUUUUAUGGAGAAGACUUUUACUGUGAAAUUCCUCGGAGUUUUCGCCACCUGUCAUUUUACAUUUUUGAUAGAGACGUUUUCCGGAGGGAUUCCAUCAUAGGGAAAGUGGCCAUUCAGAAGGAAGACCUGCAGAAAUACCACAACAGAGACACCUGGUUCCAACUGCAGCAUGUGGACGCCGACUCAGAAGUGCAGGGCAAAGUCCACCUGGAGAUGAGGCUGAGCGAGGUGAUCACAGACACCGGCGUCGUUUGUCAUAAACUUGCCACACGCAUCUUCGAGUGCCAAGGUCUCCCCAUAGUCAAUGGACAAUGUGAUCCUUAUGCCACUGUGACAUUAGCAGGACCAUACAGAUCAGAAGCUAAGAAGACAAAGGUGAAAAAGAAGACCAACAACCCCCAGUUUGAUGAAGUGUUUUAUUUUGAGGUGACCAGACCCUGUAGCUACAGCAAGAAAUCCCACUUCGACUUUGAGGAGGAGGACGUAGACAAACUUGAAAUUAGAGUUGACCUCUGGAAUGCUAGUAACUUGAAGUUUGGAGAUGAGUUCCUGGGAGAAUUAAGGAUCCCAUUGAAAGUUCUGCGGCGGUCCAGCUCCUACGAAGCAUGGUAUUUCCUUCAACCCCGGGAUAACGGCAGUAAGAGCCUGAAGCCAGGGGACCUCGGGUCCUUAAGGUUGAAUGUGGUUUACACAGAAGACCAUGUUUUCUCCUCAGACUAUUACAGUCCUCUCCGGGACCUCCUGCUGAAGUCUGCAGACGUGGAGCCUGUGUCUGCAUCCGCCGCCCAUAUUCUGGGUGAAGUUUGUAGAGAGAAACAGGAAGCAGCGAUCCCAUUGGUGCGGCUCUUCUUACACUAUGGCAAGAUAGUGCCUUUCAUCAGUGCCAUUGCAAACGCCGAAGUGGAAAGGACUCAAGACCCCAAUACCAUCUUCCGAGGAAACUCUCUGACUUCCAAGUGCAUCGAUGAAACCAUGAAGCUAGCUGGCAUGCACUACCUGCAUGUCACGCUGAAGCCCAUCAUAGAAGAGAUAUGCCAAAGUCACAAGUCUUGUGAAAUUGAUCCUGUAAAGUUAAAAGAUGGUGAAAACCUUGAAAACAAUAUGGAGAGCCUGCGGCAAUACGUGGACCGCAUCUUCAACGUGAUCUCCAAGUCUGGGGUCAGCUGCCCCACGGUCAUGUGUGAUAUUUUCUUCUCCCUGAGGGAGUCGGCUGCCAAGCGCUUCCAAGAUGAUCUGGAUGUGAGGUACACUGCCGUAAGCAGCUUCAUUUUCCUGAGAUUCUUCGCUCCUGCCAUUCUCUCCCCCAACCUUUUCCAGCUCACCCCACACCACACGGACCCACAGACUUCUAGAACUCUGACACUUAUCUCAAAGACAAUUCAAACUCUUGGCAGCUUAUCCAAAUCCAAAUCUGCCAGCUUCAAGGAGUCCUACAUGGCUACAUUUUAUGAAUUCUUCAAUGAACAGAAAUACGCUGAUGCAGUCAAAAAUUUCUUAGAUUUGAUUUCAUCCUCGGGGAGAAGAGACCACAAGAGCACGGAGCAACCCAUCCUGCUUAAAGAAGGGUUCAUGAUUAAGCGGGCACAGGGAAGAAAGCGCUUUGGAAUGAAGAAUUUUAAGAAGAGAUGGUUCCGCCUGACAAACCAUGAAUUUACCUAUCAGAAAAGCAAAGGUGACCAGCCCCUUUACAGCAUCCCUAUUGAGAACAUUCUGGCAGUGGAGAAGCUGGAGGAAGAGUCCUUCAAAAUGAAAAACAUGUUCCAGGUCAUUCAGCCCGAGAGAGCAUUGUACAUUCAGGCCAACAAUUGUGUGGAGGCCAAGGACUGGAUUGACAUCCUCACCAAGGUCAGCCAGUGCAACAAGAAGCGUCUGACUGUGUACCACCCUUCCGCCUACCUGAACGGUCACUGGCUAUGCUGCAAGGCCUCCUCAGACUCGGCCCCCGGCUGCACCCCCUGUACCGGUGGCCUUCCAGCAAACAUACAGCUUGACAUUGAUGGGGACCGGGAGACGGAGCGGAUCUAUUCCCUCUUUAACCUGUAUAUGAAUAAAAUGGAGAAGAUGCAAGAGGCCUGUGGGAGCAAAUCUGUCUACGAUGGGCCCGAACAGGAGGAGUAUUCAACGUUCAUCAUUGACGAUCCGCAGGAGACGUACAAGACACUAAAGCAGAUCAUCGCUGGGGUUGGAACUUUGGAACAGGAACAUGCUCAGUAUAAACGGGACAAAUUCAAGAAGACGAAAUACGGAAGCCAGGAACACCCCAUUGGAGACAAGAGUUUCCAAAGCUACAUCAGACAGCAGUCUGAGAUUUCCACUCAUUCCAUAUAA